GACUGUGAACUCCACCAGCGCGUGAGCACUGCAGCCCAGGCUCCCUCCAGUCUUGACAUCACCGAUCAGCUCGCUUGCGUUGAUGACCAUCAGGUCCAGUAUCGCUUCCCUUCUGAAAAGUUGAUUGCAUAUCAACGGGAAUUUCAUGCUUUGAAGGAACGUCUUCGUAUAGCUGAGCAUCGCACUCUGCAGCGCUCUUCUGAGCUGAAUGCUAUCUUGGAGCAGUUCAGGCGUGCAGUAGCAGAAACAAAUGGGAGUAAGAAUGCAAUGAAUAAUUUUUCAGAUGAGACGCUGAAAUUGUUAAAAGAACUAACAAGUAGAAAAUCUCUUCAAGUGCCAAAUAUCUAUUACCAUUUGCCUCAUUUGUUGAAAAAUGAAGGAAGCCUUCAACCUUCUGUGCAGGUUGGCCUUGGAAGGACAGGAGUUUCCAUUGUAAUGGGAAUACCUACAGUGAAAAGAAAAGUCAAGUCUUACCUUACAGAAACCCUUCACUCCCUUAUUGAUAAGCUCUCCCCUGAAGAAAAACUGGAUUGUGUUAUGGUCGUCUUUAUAGGAGAGACUGAUCUUGAUUAUGUUAACAGUGUUGUUGCAAGCCUGGAAAAAGAGUUUUCUACAGAGAUCAGUUCUGGCUUGGUGGAAGUAAUAGCCCCUCCUGCAACUUACUAUCCUGACUUGACAAACUUGAAAGAGACGUUUGGAGACUCAAAAGAGAGAGUGAGAUGGAGAACAAAACAAAACUUGGAUUAUUGUUUUCUUAUGAUGUAUGCCCAGAAAAAGGGAGUUUAUUACAUUCAGCUUGAAGAUGACAUCGUUGUCAAGCAGAAUUAUUUCAGCACAAUAAAAAAUUUUGCACUGCAGCUUGCUUCUGAAGAUUGGAUGAUUCUAGAGUUUUCUCAGCUGGGUUUCAUUG